AUGUACGAGGUUCAACCACGGCAAGUAGAUCUUGCGCUUGUUGUUGCAUGUCAUGAUGGUAAUUUUGAGGAAGUAAAAAGACUAGUGGAGGAAAAAGAUGCAGAUAUUUACUACCAGGAUUUCGAAAUUGGAAUGAGCGUCUUAAUGGUUGCAGCAGGAGCUGGACACACAGACAUUGUAAAUUACUUAUUAUCUGAAGGUGCUCCGUGGAAUGCAGUCGAUCGAAGUUAUUUAUGUGCCGGGGAUUAUGCUGCUAGGAACAAACAACAAGAUUGUAUUGAUAUCCUGAUGAAUCAUGCGGUUAUGUCUGAGUUACUUUUAUCUAUCGCAGUAAACAAUCCAGAUCCAGGACAGUCUUUGGAAAAUAUUGAUUCUAUGGAUCUUAAUAAAACUGUAAACGCAAAUGCAAACAAUUCAUCAGGACCUCUUAAUGCUUCUUACCUUGCUAGUCGACUGGAGUAUUCUGAUGACAAAAAAUGCCUCAUCGACACUAAUACUCAUCUGGCUGUCAUGAUGGAUUGGGAAACUCCAAUAAUGGAGCGACAUGCAGCAUGGAUUUGUCACGCAGAUGAGAAAGAUACAAGUGUCGGUUCACCUAUUCGAGUUCUAAAUGUUGGGUUUGGUAUGGGGAUUGUUGACACAGCUAUACAAAAAUAUUCGCCAGACUCGCACUAUAUAAUAGAAGCCCAUCCGGAGGUGUUAGAGAAAAUGAAGUACGAAGGAUGGUUUAAUAAACCAAAUGUCAAAAUAAUUUCAAACAGAUGGCAAGAUGCGGUCGUUCAUCUGGCGAAGGAAAUUGAGGAUGGGGUGAUUCCGAGGUUUACUGGAAUAUUUUUCGAUACAUAUGCAGAGGAUGAUAAUGAUUUGAGAAAAUUUCACACGUGGCUACCCAAACUUCUUUCAAUCCCUAAUCGACAAAAUAUGAAAGAUCCAUCAUUCUCAGGAAGAUAUUCUUAUUAUAACGGUUUGUGUCCUGACAAUGUAUUUUUUCACGGAGUCGCAUGUGAAACUAUGAGGUUGCAUUUAAAAAGGUUGGGAAUAAGUUGUACGUUUGACCCAAUAGCCGUUGAUGUUGCAGACCAAGAGCUUUGGAAAGAUGUUUCCCAAAGAUAUUGGUAUUUCGAUACAUAUUUCUUACCAAAGUGUACUUUCGAUCUUGAUGAAAAAACCUGA